AUGAAGCCUCUAUUCUUGCUGCUAGCAAGUGCCCUUGCCGCUACCGCUCAAAAUACUACCUGGCCGGUUCACAGCACGGGGCUUUCAGAUAUUGUCCAAUGGGACCAUUACUCUCUCCUCGUCAAUGGCCGUCGGACUUUCCUUUGGUCAGGGGAAAUACACUACUGGCGCAUUCCUGUACCCGCCCUAUGGCGUGACAUCCUCGAAAAGAUAAAAGCUGCUGGAUUCAACGGAAUCUCAGUUUACGCUCAUUGGGCAUUCCAUGCACCCAACAACCAUACUCUGGAUUUCGAAACGGGUGCUCAUAACUUCGGUCCUAUUCUCGAUAUAGCGAAGGAAAUUGGUCUCUAUGUCACCAUGCGGGGCGGGCCAUAUGUUAACGCCGAGACUACUGCUGGCGGAUUCGCACUCUGGACGGUUACCGGUGCUUAUGGCGCCCUGCGGAACGACGAUCCUCGUUACACGGCUGCUUGGACGCCAUUCAUGGACAAAAUCAACGAGAUAACGAACCAGCACCAAAUUACGAACGGAGGGUCCAUACUUCUUACCCAAAUUGAAAACGAAAUAUGCUGUCAACGCAAUUCAAACGGCAGUCUUAAUCUUCCCAUUGUCAAUUACAUGGUCGAUCUGCAAGAGAAUGUACGAGAAAAUGGAGUUAAAAUUCCGAUAAUUGUCAACGCUCCGAACAUGAACACACGUUCUUGGUCCACGGAUUACAUGCCUGGACCGGGAGAGCAAGACAUAUAUGGUCUUGAUAGUUAUCCGCAAUGUUGGUCUUGCAAUCUCGCUGAAUGCACUGGUGGAUUUGGCAGCACUGCUUAUGCUGACCAUUUCAAUCUUGUUUCACCAACACAACCAUCCUUUUUGCCCGAAUUCCAAGGCGGGAGCUACCGACCUUGGGGAACAGAUGCGUGCCCCGGAAACAUUGGGCCCAAUUUCGUGAGCAUGUACUACAGACACUUGGCUGCAGAGAGAGCCACGAUGGUGAACCUCUACAUGCUUUAUGGUGGCACCAACUGGGGCGGGCUUUCCACGAACUUGAUCGCCACUAGCUACGACUAUUCUGCACCGAUCGAAGAGAGCCGUUUAAUUGGAGACAAAUACUACGAGACUAAACUUAUUGGACUGUUCUUCCGUGCCGCAAAGGAUUUGGUCAUGACAGACCGCACGCCCUUCUCCACCUCAUUCACAAAUAACAACCUCGUUGGCGCAACCGUUCUGCGUAAUCCAGAGACACAGGCCGGCUUUUACAUCGUCCGCCAGAGCAAUAUGCAAGCCACGACAACUGUGGAUUUUACGCUCAACGUACAAACAAAGUCGACCGGAAACAUCACUGUACCCAGCUUUAACAAUCACAGUAUCCGGUUGGUCGGCGUUCAAUCCAGGAUUGUAACGACAGAUUUUCACUUUGGCGGCAAUACGCUAGUAUAUUCGACUGCUGAGGUCCUCUCGCAUUCUGUUGUUGACGGCAAAAGCGUCCUUGCACUAUGGCUUCCCGACGGGGAGUUUGGGGAAUUUUCCAUCCUCGGUGGCUCCAAAAAACGACAAGUCGUAUCCGGUACUGGAGGGGGCUUCCACCAAGUUGGGAAUAACUUGGUGUUGUCAUAUCACCAACAGACAACCCAGUCUGUUCUGCAAUUUGACAACUUCCAAGUCAUCCUUCUCCCUCGGUCACUUGCGUAUACAUUUUGGGCCCCCACGUUAAGCAACGAUCCUAUUGUCGAGCCAGAGUCUGUUGUUUUCGUAACGGGCCCCUAUCUCGUCCGGUCUUUAGUAUUUUCUGGGUCGCAGGCGUUGAUUACUGGAGAUUCGACUGCUGCGACGACCCUCGAGGUGUUUGCGCCAGCAAACAUAACCACAAUUGUGUGGAAUGGCAAAUCCCUCCGAACACAACGCAGCUCAUAUGGCACACUCAAAGCGAGUAUUGCUCAGCCGGGUCUGGAUGUUGCCACCCUUCAAAAGUCUUUGGAGUUCACUGGUUGGAAGCAUUCCGAUGCGCUACCUGAAGCAAAUGCGGCGUAUGACGAUUCGAAUUGGGUUGUUGCUGACCAUACAACCACUCCAAACCCAACAAAGCCGUCCACACUCCCGGUCCUUUAUGCAGACGAUUAUGGCUUUCAUACCGGUGUCCAAAUUUUCCGAGGCAGAUUCCAAGGCCAAGCAUCGGCCGCCAAAAUUAAUGCUCAAGGAGGAACGGCCUCAGGCUGGUCAGCAUGGUUAAAUUCGGAUUAUAUCGGAAGCUUCCCGGGCAAUGUUAGCACUGCAUCCGGGUCGCUAACGAUCUCCUUUGAAAAUGCCACACUUUUUGAGGACCGGGAAAAUGUGCUGACUGUAGUCUUGGACCAUUCUGGCCACGAUCAACGAGCCGAUGCGCUCCAUCCUCGAGGAAUACUCAGUGCGGCACUUGUAUCGACCACAAAUACCACUUUCAGCAAGUGGACUCUUGCCGGCAAUGCGGGAGGGGAAAGCAAUAUCGAUCCUGUCCGCGGAAAUAUAGCGGAAGGCGGGCUCCAUGCUGAACGACUCGGGUGGCAUUUACCUGGUUUCGAUGACUCGAAGUGGGCGGCGCGAUCUCCUGAAGAGGGAAUAACUAAUGGAACCAUUGCUUUCUUCCGGACCACGGCAACCUUGGCGGUUCCCGAGGGCUACGAUGUCGCCUUGCAGUUCAUUUUGAGCUCGCCACCGGGCAGCAUACUGCGUGCUCGACUUUACAUUAAUGGGUACCAAUACGGGAGAUAUGUACCGCAAAUCGGCAACCAAGUGGCAUUCCCUGUGCCGCCCGGCAUCCUGAACCUUCGAGGUACCAACACAAUCGGAUUGAGUUUAUGGUCGCAAACAGCGGCCGGAGCCAAGGUGAACGUGGAAUGGGACGUUUUGGGAGUCGCAGAGAGCUCUUUUGAUCCGGGAUUCGAUGCGGCAGAGCUGCAGCCUGGGUGGACGGAGGGACGUUUAGCGUUUGCAUGGGGUAACAGCUUCCUACACCAUGCUGUAUUUAAAGACCAAGCCAAGAACAGAUUUUUUUACCCUCUUCCCAUGUUCGUCCCUUUCUUGACCAAGCGAAGCAAGCUCUCGAAGCGUCGCGGCGGCGGAAAGAGUGGUGGUGGUAGUAGCGGUGGUGGCGGGAAAAGUUCUGGCGGUACCUCAAGUUCUAGCGGCGGCGGAGGCCGUUCAUCUUCGAUAUCGACUGGAGGGACAACAAAGUCAGCCUCUGCAUAUGGAGCUGGUGGCGGAAAGUCCAUUACGAUUCCUGCUGGUCAAUCGUUUGCGGGCCGUUCAGCAGGUGGGGGUACGAGAGACCAGGUAUAUGGCACAGCGACCUAUGGAAGUGGCUAUCCUGGUGUAGCGGGGCGGGGAGUGGCUGGUCGCGGAUUCCCCUUCUUCUUCUGGCCGCUUUCGUUCGGAGGUGUGGGCGGGCUUGGGACUGCGGCAUAUCUGCAUUCAAACUCGGAGUAUGGCCGGUCUGACAACGCAAGUCGACCCGGAGGGCGGAUGAUGACUGCAGCCUUCCAGUCGAGCGGUGCAAGCGCAACCGUCUUCAGAAUAUUGGCCGAUAACGCGACCGUCGUCGAGCUCAUUUCCGAUAUCACCGCGAAUUGCUCUUCGUCGCUGAGCAGCUCAAGUGCUACCUCCGCAGCGCCCUACAACGACUCAUCCUCUCUGCCGCCACAACCUGAACAGGCUAGUUCGCUUCUAAACACCUUCGGAAACAAACAUAUUAACCUUCCGCAGGUCAUUCAAUACUAUCGCGCCAGCAGUAUCGCUCUAUCCCUCGACGGAUAUAAUAAUACGGCCGAUUUCGAAGCGGAGGGUACUCCCAACACUCCACUCCCAUCCGGAAUAGACAACACACUUCUGACCUGCCUAAACCAAACGAUAGGUGCGGCCGCGCCUCUUAUUGGCAGCGGAGGCCAGCUGGUACCCAAUACUUCUGGGUUAUUAGGCCUUGUUGCUCUGUUUUGGCUGGGUUCCACCUUCAUGUAG